AUGGAUUACCACCUUGUCGUGCUAGUGCACGGAAUAUGGGGAAACUCGUCCCACAUGCUGUAUCUUGCUGAGCAGAUCCAGCGACACACAAAAGCCCACGAGUCCAUUGUGGUUUACAAGACAGGCUCGCAUCUGGGGUACAAGACGUAUGAUGGUAUAGACGUGAAUGGUAAGAGGGUUGCCGACGAGAUCUUUGCGGAGACGUCGCGUCUCAAUGACCAGGGUGGCAAAGUUACGAAAAUCUCGGUCAUUGGCUACUCUUUGGGCGGGUUGAUGGCGCGGUACGCUUUGGGCAUUCUCUACCACCACAAGUACUUUGAGCAGGUGCAACCAGUUCACUUUGUCACGUUUUGUACGCCCCACGUUGGCAUCAACAACAUCAGUCUGUCGCUUUCGUCCAAGAUCUUCAAUUUUAUAGCGCCCUAUGUGUUGGUGUACACGGGCCACCAGAUGUUCUUGAACGAUAAGACCGCCACGGUGGGAAACGACGAUAAGUUGCCCUUGCUUGUGUGGAUGGCCGAUUCAAAACUGCCCUUCUACAAGGCGUUGGCUUCGUUCCAGCACCGGUCGCUCUACGGCAAUGCCAUCAACGACCGCAGAACCAGCUGGUACACCACCUUCAUCUCCAACGUUGACCCCUUCAACGCCAUGGUCAACGAGUCGCUCAGUGCCUACAAUUUGGAGUACGUCAAGGGCUACGAGCCCAACGUCAUUGACUUCACGCGGUCCAUCUCGUUCAGCAAGAUCGAGAGGCCUAUCAAGAAACGAACUCUUAAUCCAUUGCGCUGGCUCUACAAGAUCUUUGUCUGGACCAAGAUUGUGGCGUCUCUUAUUGUCACCAUGCCUAUCUACUCCAUCUACCUCCUCGGCAACGCCAUCUGGCAGCGAGUGCAGCUCAAUAGAAGACUCCGCAACUUCUACAAGGAGAGCCCCAACAGCCUCUCUGUGUUGUACGAUUUGGUGGACAACGACUAUGACCUCGAGAAGGGUCCCAAGUUGACGAAAUCCGAGUUCCAGGAGAUGCAGAAACCCGACCUGGACCACGAGGAGACGUAUUUCGAGGCCAUCGAGGAGAGGAUCCACGACAGAGCUGAGCUUUUCGUCGACUCGAUCUUCAAGGCCGUCAACAGCGCCAGCUACUACGACUACCACUACAGUGUUUCCAAGAAAACGCCAUCUUCCUCAAAACCCGCUUCCUCAAAACCCACAUCAGACGAUAAUUCGACCAACGAGGAAAGCAAGCUUCUUCCAAAGCCCGGGUUGGUAAACCUCAAGGGUAAGGCGGUGAAGAACGAUUUCAAGUUGAAGUUCGACUGGAGGCAGGAGAAGAUUGUGGAGGGAUUGAACACGCUUCAGUGGAACAAGUUCCCAGUGAUCAUCCGUAACACCAAGGCGACGCAUGCGGCUGUGAUCCAUCGUCAUAAUGACCCUAACUUCGGCGAAGGCAAGGUCGUCGUGCGCCACUUUAUCGAGCAGGUAUUCAAGGUAUAG